UUAGAGCAUCCCAAUCUCUCCACACUUCAACUUUAAAAGACAUUUCAGUAAUAAUAAUAGAAGGAUGUAGACACAGCCCCACUUGUUUUCCACAUUUCACCUCGAUCUUGGAUCGCAUACUAUAUUUCUCUUUCCCAGGUAAAAGGAUUUUUUAUUGUUUAUUUUGUACCUUUUCGUGAUUUUAUAAUGAGUUCUUUUUUUUUAUUUAAAACAAAUUCAGAAAAGUUAUGAUGGCGACGUAAAUAACCAGCUUUUUCUUAUACUAUGGAAGGAUCCACUGGGACUAAUUUCGGAAUAGACACUAUUUUGUCCACAUGCAGUUUUGGGAACUCAGUAUUAACGAACGGAGAUUUUCGUCUCAGUGACAAUAACAGAACAACGGAUUUCAAGAAGGUGACCCUAUCACCGUGUUCGGAGAUAUACACUGUGGGAACAGUCCCUUCAUCCCCAAUCUCAGUCACGAUGGAGCAUCCCGAACCGCAUCUGGUCCAAGACAGCCUUCAGCAUCACAGUCACAGUCAGGCUCAGAGUUUGCAGCUCUCUCCCCAGCCUCGUCCGCUUGGGCAGGCUGACUGUGCCCCCAGGACUGUCACCUCUUCCUUUCUAAUCAAAGACAUUUUGGGCGAUAGCAAACCGCUUGCAGCGUGCGCUCCUUACAGCACCAGCGUACAAUCUCCACAACACAGCCCCGAAACAAAGAGUAGAAUCUCCACGGACGGCAUUAGGCAUAAACUACAGCAAGAUGAAAACAAAAGCAAAAUGGACAAAAGAGAUGACAAUCAGAACGAUUUAAAGUGUAACGGAACUAAAGAAGAGGGCGAUCGGGAAAUUUCCAGUUCCAGAGACAGUCCGUCCGUUCGCUCUAAGAAACCUCGUAAAGCGCGGACGGCCUUCUCCGACCAUCAGCUCAACCAGCUGGAGCGCAGUUUCGAGAGACAGAAAUACCUCAGUGUACAGGACCGAAUGGACCUGGCAGCAGCCCUAAACCUCACAGACACACAAGUCAAGACCUGGUACCAAAAUCGACGGACGAAAUGGAAAAGACAGACGGUUGUCGGAUUGGAACUACUUGCCGAAGCUGGAAAUUAUUCGGCCUUACAGAGAAUGUUCACGUCCCCGUAUUUUUAUCACCCAAGCUUGUUAGGGUCCGUAGACAGCACGACAGCGGCCGCCGCAACCGCCGCUGCAAUGUACAGCAGUAUGUACCGGACUCCGUCAACACCGCAUACAUCUCUCCAGAGAUCGCUCGUCCCUAGAGUGCUCAUUCAUGGCCUAGGGCCAGGGGGACAACCGGCACUAAACCCCAUAGCAAACCCAAUACCGGGCGCACCGCAUCCUCGGUAAAAUUUUGAGAGACACUGAGAGACAUAUGUAUCGCAAAUGAUGUGAGGGACUGCGCUGAGCUUUAACAAGAAGCAUUUUUCUCCAAAAACACUGAGAGAAAUUUAUCUAAAAAAUAUAUUGACAAGUGCUGACUUGUUGGCCAAAUCAAACCAAACCAAACCAAACCAAACCAAAUGAGCCUGUGACCGUGACAGUAAAAGGA